CAUCCUCAGAGUGCCCGAGGUGCUGCUGCUGGGCUGCACGUCUGGGCUUUUGCCAAGUUAUAUCUGCUAGAAAUGGAAAAGAUCAAGAAGUUCCGUGGUCUCGGAGCUUGUGCCCGUGAUGCUGGAAGGAAGGGGGAGCCCCCAGGUAGCGUCCGACUUGGCCCCUGCCGCUACCAGCCCAGCUGCCCGGCUUGCCUCCCCCUGCCCCUGUACAACGCCUCUUUGUGUGCCGCUUCCCCGAAGUACAGAGAGUCCCCUCCACCUUGGAGCGUCUCCCGGGAAGGAGGGAUCCUCUGCACUUUCCGAAGCCAAGGGGCUCGAAUACACAGAGGGCCAGUAAUGCUUCUAAACUUCCUGGCACGCAAACGCUGGCGCUGAAAGAAAUGCCUCUGCCCUGGGAGAGGUGCCACCGGCAGGGACGGCCCCGAGAGGAAAGGCAGCGCUCCUAUAAUGCAUCCUAAUGCAUCAAGGUUGAGCAGCUCCACACAGGCAGCCUUUGUCACCGUGGGCUUGUGCCCUGGUACAUCUGCGAGAGAUCCUGGCAGCCCCUGCAGCUGAUUCUGUGGGAGGCUUUGGCAGCGCUGAAAGAUGUAAGAAAGUUUUGCAAAUUAACUUCAGUCAGCCAGUCCCUUCCGGAGGAACACUGAGAGCGAUCGUUACAGCUACAAAAGAGCCAGGCUCCUAACAGGCUGAUAUCCAGCCCAGACGUCUUCCCUCAGCAGCGCUCCUUGCCUGAAGGGCUUGGGUCUUAAAAAUAUUUUGCUCUUCACUGCUGUUCUCCUGCCCUGCAUGAAAGGGAAGGGACUUGGGCAGAUGUGUGGACAAGAAGGGAAGCAGGAUGCAGUUCCCAGACAGACUUUACCCCAGGAGAUGAGUUAAUGCCUCCCCUUACAGCCGCUGAAGGCGUCCUGGCCCUUCGGCAGGCUCCCCGCGCUGGGUACCGACCCCGUCAGCGACAUGCUGCACCCCAGGAGGCAGCUCAGCCCCGCUCCCCGCUGGGAAAAGCAUGGAAACACAGGUUGCCCAUUCUAGUAGCCAUGGUUGGUUUAAAAGGGCUUCUGUAGUUACUGAGCAGAUUCAGCUCUGCCCAGCUUGUUACGCAUUUAGAGAACCCAUUCCGAAGAUGCUCGACUGUACAACUUAUUUUACGGUCAUCAUCUAACUUCUUGAGAAGAUAAAGGAUGCAGUUUUUCCAGUGUCCCCAAAUGGGAACAUCUGGCAUAAUGUUUGAAGGCUGGUUCUUGUUAGAACCUCACUUCAGAACAGCGAGGAGGUUAGUUUGUCUCAGCGUCUCAGGCCCAGGCUAUCGCCGUAGCUGUUACCUGGAAGCGCCUGCCUUGCUGUGUGAAGCAUUUCAUGCCUAUGGAAAAGCAGGAAAAAUGUUGGUGGAAACAAGCAUGAUUGGGCUGAUGCUGGGAACUUGCAUUGCUUUCUAUGUUGUCAUUGGUGAUUUGGGGUCCAACUUCUUUGCCCGGCUGCUUGGAUUUCAGGUGUCGGGCAGUUUCCGGAUAGUCCUGCUCUUUGCCGUCUCCCUGUGCAUUGUGCUUCCACUGAGCCUCCAGCGGAACAUGAUGGCCUCCAUACAGUCGUUCAGUGCCAUGGCGCUGAUCUUUUACACCGUGUUCAUGUUCGUGAUUGUGCUGUCGUCCUUCAAGCACGGCCUCUUCAGCGGGCAGUGGCUGCAGCGAGUUAGUUACACUCGUUGGGAGGGCAUUUUUCGCUGCAUCCCCAUCUUCGGCAUGUCUUUUGCCUGUCAGUCUCAGGUCUUGCCUACCUAUGAUAGCUUGGAUGAGCCGUCUGUUAAAAUCAUGAGCUCCAUAUUUGCUUCUUCCCUAAACGUGGUCACCACCUUUUACAUUACGGUGGGCUUCUUUGGCUACGUGAGUUACACUGAAGCCAUUGCUGGGAACGUCCUAAUGAACUUCCCUUCCAACCUUGUGACGGAGAUGAUUCGAGUGGGAUUCAUGAUGUCGGUAGCUGUGGGGUUUCCGAUGAUGAUUCUCCCGUGCAGACAGGCGCUGAACACCCUUCUCUUUGAGAAGCAGCAAAAAGAUGGCACCUUUGCUGCUGGGGGUUAUAUGCCCCCGCUUCGGUUCAAAGCCCUGACGCUGGCUGUUGUGUUUGGAACCAUGGUAGGAGGCAUCAUGAUCCCGAAUGUGGAAACAGUCCUGGGCCUGACAGGUGCUACGAUGGGAAGCCUCAUUUGUUUUAUCUGCCCAGCUCUUAUUUACAAGAAGAUCCACAAGAAUGUACUUUGUUCACAGAUUAUACUGUGGAUUGGCCUGGGCAUACUGGUUAUCAGUACCUACACCACCUUGUCUGCAACGGAGGACGCCCCUGUGAAGAUGGACGUGGUGGGCUUGGAGCACCUGGAUGGAGAGGAGAACAGAAUUGACCAGGAUCCAGUCAAAAUCCCAGACCAGAACCCGGCGGUGGAGGAGGCGGAGGAUGACCGUGAUAAACCGAAGCUGCUGGACGAGAAGGAGGAGAUGGAGCAGCCACAGAUCAAGGUGCCCAUGGAGGUACCCAAGAGAGAGGAGGAGAGGGGAAAGCCGGAGGAGAAAGUGCAGCUUGACCGUCCUGAUCAAGGGAUUGCCCUGCCUGUGGGGGAAGCGCAUCGCCACGAGCCGCCCGUCCCGCACGAUGAAGUGGUCGUGGACAUGGGGCGGGAGCGGGAGGAAUCUGAUGAGAACAAGCUUGCGCCCGGAGGAGCCGACGAUCGUCUGCUCAAGCCAGUGCUGGAGGAGCCAGCCGCGCUGAAUCCCCAGAAAGAGGCACUUGGCCCAAAACAAGGGAAGGAAGCGAUCGCUGAGAACCAACUGCGGGGAGGGACUGACGAGCCCGUUAAGAAUCCAAAGAACGUCCUGGAGGUGAUCGUGCAGCAGGAUGGCAGGCCGCCAUACAAAGAGCUGGAGCCAGACAAACAACUGCUGGAAGCCAAGGCGCAAGCUGCCAUGCCGGACGGUGAGAAGAAAGCUGAGGCUGCAGGUGAGAGGGAGAAAUCAAAGCUCCAGCUCGCCAGGAAAGCAGAGGAGGCUGCAAAGUCCAUGGAGAAGGAUGGCGACCCUGGUGAAAAGCAGGAGCUGCCUCUCCCGGACAGAGUGGAUCAGCUGGAGCCGAGGGAGACCCAAAACACCGAGGAGAAGCAACAGGAGAACGCGGGGAGCAAGCUGGAGGAAGCGGAGCAGGCGAAACUGCUCGAUCAUGCUGUGCUGCUGCAGGUGAUCAAAGAACAGCAGGUACAGCAGAAGCAGCUACUUGACCAGCAGGCAAAGCUGCUGGCUGUGAUUGAAGAGCAGCACAAGGAGAUCCACCAGCAAAGGCAGGAGGAGGGAGGAGAGGAGAAGCCAAAGCAAGCAGAAACGCCGCAGGAGCCCGCUGCGCCUGUCUCCAAGAGCAAGGAGGACGAGGGCCUCGGAGCUAAGCAAGAAGCUGCUGCAAAGGCACCGAGCAAGGAGGUGGUGGAGCACCCUGCGCAGGGCCCGGGCAGGCAGCCUGCUGACUCCACGGAGCAGCGCAGGGGGACUGCAGGAAAGCUGGAAGAGGCUGGGCACAGGCGUGAGCUUCCUGGGGUUCCUCCCAAGGAGCAGAAGGUGCCGCCACAAGAGAAUGAGCGAGCUGUUAAAAAUCCUGCGGAGAACUGGGAUCCCCUUCACGGGGAUGCCCAACACAUUCCGGCAGCCAGAAACCACCUAGAAAAGAAGCCCUUGGCGGAGGAUUUAGGAGGAGAUCAUGAAGCCAAAGCUGGAAGAGACGUCCACGAGAAGAAGAAUUCCCUGAAAGCUGUGGAAGUAGCUACAGCUCCCAUCCAAAGAGAACAGCUGGGGGCUGCCAAAGUUCAGGGAGUAGCGGGAAAGAGGCUGGAAAAAGACUCAUUUUUUAAAAGCAAAGCACUGAGCCAGGUGGAGCCCAAAGACCUGGCAGUUGCACUGGACUCCUCCAGCAGAAGGAACGUGGCAGAGAGUGAGCAGCACCUAUGGGAUCGUCAGAGAGGUGCAGACGGUGGCGAGGGCGCUGGCCGGCGGCAGCAGGCCUUGCAGAGGGACCUGCCGGGCAAAGGGGAGAUGAAGGAAGCAGCUCCUCGGGAGAGCGUGGUGGAUGCAGCCCAGGACCCGCAGGGAGGUCUCCAGAGCAAGCAGAGGCGCGGGGAUGGGGGUCUCUCAAACGAGGCUGAGAAGAAACCGGGCCCUGAGAACGCUCCUGCUCAAAAGCCCGAGAGAGGAGCAGCUGCCCCAGCGGACCAGAAGCUGGACCCCGAUGUCAAACCGAACCGGGACCUAAAACUGCAGGCGGACCUGGACCUCCGCCGGAGGAGGCGCGACCUGCUGCCUCCCGAGGAGGAGGAGGAGGAGACUGCACAGGGGGCGGGGGUCUUCAUUGGCCUGAACCCCCUUCCAGAUGUGAAAGUGAACGACCUCCGGAGCGCUCUAGAGACGCGGCUGCACCAGGUUGCGGAGGGGGCCCAGCAGGUGGUCCACAGCCGGCAGAUCAAGCAGAUGACAACCGAGGCGGUCAUCCGCAAGGUUCCCCUGCCCCCUCGGAGAGGCUCCUCUGGUCCCUGCCUUGGGCUCCUGGGCCCAGCCUGCGCGGGGCUGCGGGGCGGAGGGCAGGGGCCGUGGGAGGAGGGGAACCAGGGAUCGCACAUCUCGGGGAAAGGCUUUAUCCCGGAGAAGCAUCAAGUCAUGAGUUCAGGACCAGCUUAG